ACACGUGCGACAAUCUCCACGCGUGUGAGCAACUCACUACUCCUCACUUUGCCCUUGCCAUCGCCUCCUUCUCUUCCAUUUUUCCCUUUCUACCACCAGCAUUUCUGUAUCUAGAGAGAGAAUCAAGCUGUCAUUAAUCAAAAGGGGAGACCUUAGAUCAUAUACGAGAGGUUAAUCGGAUCGGAAUCAUGUUCAGAAGGCUCGCUGUCCAGCUCCGCACUCUCGCUCCGCCUCGAUCCGCUCCCAAGGCCGCCCAAUUCUCCGUUGGAUCAUCCAGACCUACGGAGAAUGUUGUGUGUUCAGCUACCGUAUUUUCUCGCCACUUCUCUUCGGAAUCAGGGAAUGUGCCUAAAAAAGUGGAGGAUAUAGUGCCGAUUGCUACUGGUCAUGAGCGCGAAGAGCUUCAGGCCGAGAUUGAAGGAAGGGACAUUCUGGAGAUCAAUCAUCCGUCUGGUCCAUUUGGAACAAAGGAAGAACCUGCCGUGAUCAAGUCUUAUUAUGACAAAAGAAUUGUGGGAUGUCCCGGCGAUGAAGGCGAGGAUGAGCAUGACAUCGUUUGGUUUUGGCUGGAGAAGGGGAAGCCACAUGAGUGCCCAGUAUGCUCACAGUACUUUGUGUUGGAAGUAGUGGGCCCCGGUGGACCUCCUGAUGGACAUGGGGAUGACGAAGAUGGUCAUCACCACUGAAACUCUACACAGUUGGCGAUUUUGCUGGUAGAAGAAAGACUUGCUCGGGUGAGAGAGUGGUGAAUGUUGUUACAUUCUUCAGGGUUAAAGAGAUUAUUUGAUUUUGCUUGGUUUUUUAAAGGAUAUAUGUUAGUCUUGCUGUUGCUUUUAGCAACGAUUGAAGCUGUUUCUCUUGGUUUUGGUGCUCUAAAGCAUGAUGGCCUAUUCUGCCACUUGAAAUACACUUACUCUUUCUCAAGGAGCUCGAAAUAAUCGACAGCACUAUAUUGUCUUCAAACGUGAGUAUUUGCAUCGUUCUGGAGCAAUCCUUACUCUGCUUCUGUGGAUGCUCGUGCAUUUUAUCUUUGUUUUGGAAGAAUUCAAUUUGUUUUACUUUCUCAACCAUUUACCUGUCGAAUAAUAUUGCUAGUUGCGAUGAUGACGAAAUAGAAGGCAUUUUGUGAUA